AUGGAAAGGCUACCUCCCCCUAGGCCCAUCAAGAACAAGAAGGGAGGAAGUCGUAGCGAAUACUGUGAGUACCAUAAGCUAUAUGGGCACUCAACCAAUGAUUGUUACGACCUGAAAAAUGUGAUAAAAAAGUUGGUCAGGGAAGGUCGGCUUGACAGAUAUCUCAUGGAAAGGUCGGAUCAUCAUGGCAAGAGGAAGCAAGAUGAAGAGGAUCGAAGAGAUUCACCACCACAGAUCCCAGAAAGACAUAUACACAUGAUCUCGGAGGGGAGGGAGCUUGCUGAAGGGGAUCUCACAAAGUCAUCUCGCAAGAGGCACCUGAAGGAAGUCUACCAGGUUAGAGGCGAAUUGUUCGACCUCCCAACCUUCUCUUUUACUAAAGAAGAUAGGCAGGGCAUUGUUACCGGACAUGAUGACCCAGUGGUGAUUACCAUGAUCCUCGCCAAUGUCGAUCUAUACAGGACCUUGGUGGAUCAGGGGAGCUCAGCUGAUAUCCUGUUCAAACCAGCAUUUGACAAGUUGGGAUUGGAUGAAAAGGAUCUAAGAGCAUACCCUGAUACCCUAUACGGGUUGGGAGAUGCACCAACAAAACCACUAGGAUUCAUACCCUUACAUACAACUUUUGGAAAGGGGAUAAAAUCCAAAACUCUAAGCAUCGACUUCAUAGUUGUUGAUGUGGGUUUAGCCUAUAAUGCCUUAAUAGGUAGAACAACCCUAAAUCGGCUUGGAGCAGUGGUAUCCACCGCCCACCUUUGCAUGAAAUUCCCAACACCAGAGGAAAUUGCAACCAUCAGGGGAGAUCAGAAGCUGGCGAGAAAGUGCUACAAUGAAAGCCUAAACCUGAGAGGUAAAGGCAAAGACAUCAAUACCAUUGAACUUGGAGGAAUUCGAGCUAAAGAAGAGUUGCAGCCACAACCCGGAGGGAAGACUGAAGAAGUGCAGAUCGGCAGGAGGAUGAAAAAAAUAUCGACAUAG